CCCUGGAGCGCGGCGCUGCGGGGGAACCACCGGCCCCAUGUCCGCUUCUUUGCACUGGAGACCUCGCGGGGCCUGGCUCCCACCCCGCCUCCCGGGCUGGCACCUGCCCCUCCGCGGGCCUGGCUCAGUGACGCCCUCCCAGCCCCUGCCCGGGCUGGGAUCCUGGCGGGAAGGGGGUGUCUGUGAGCGGAGACCGGCAGCCGCUCCCCGCCUGGCCCGCGAACCAACCGGGCGAUCCUGCUCGGGGCGGGGUUUGACAGUCACCUUCUUUAGGCGCAGGGUGACAAGGGCCCAUAUUCUGAUUUCAGCAAUUGAUGUGGAUGAAGAUGUCUCAUUUCUCUUGUGAAGAUGAAGCUCUGUUACAGUCUAUGCUCAGACAAUUACUGCAGAGUGUGAAGGAAAAAAUCACAGGAGCACCAUCAGUGGAAUGUGCCGAAGAGAUUCUUUUACAUUUGGAAGAAACGGAUGAAAAUUUUCACAACUAUGAGUUUGUGAAAUACCUUAGACAAUACAUAUGUAGCACUCUGGGCUCUGUGAUUGAAGAAGAAACAGAAAAAUGUACCUCUGCUCAAAAUCAGGGUGAAGGAUCUGGUUAUGACACUCUUGUCCAACAUGUUACAAAGAAGACACAGGAAUCAAAAGAGUACAGAGAAAUGAUGCAUUCCUUGAAGAAUGUCAUGAUGGUGGUGGUGGAAUCUCUGAUUAACAAAUUUGAAGAAGAUCAGAUGCGUAAUAAGGAGAUGCAUAGGAAAACCAAGAAAGAGCAACAUAGUGCUUACUAUACAGACAACUGCUCUGAUAGUGACUCAUCUUUCAAUCAGAGUUAUACAUUCAUGAAUCAAGAACAAUUACAGCUACUUGUGGAAAGGCUUGACCCUGCUCAACCUAAGGAGGUGCGCCAGGAAGCAAUGCAGACAUUGUGUUCUGCGCCUCCCUCUGAUGUACUAAACUGUGAGAGUUGGUCUAAUUUGCGUAAACAUCUGACAAUGUCUCUCUCUGAUCCUGAUUCCACGUUCAGUGACAGAAUUUUGAGAUUCUAUGCAAAGACCUUUUCAUCUUCUCCACUAAAUAUGACAAGGGAAGUCUAUACAAGCUUAGCGAAACACUUAGAAUUGUACUUUCUUUCUGGAGAAAAUUGUGUUCCUACUAUUUCAGAUGGUAUAGACAUAACUAACCCAGAAAUAAUUCGUUUACUUAAAAAGGUGCGUCUUCUAAAUGAGUACCAAAGAGAGGUUCCCUCUUUCUGGAUUCGUCAUCCAGAAAAGUAUAUGGAAGAAAUAGUUGAGAGUACCUUAUUGCUGUUGUCAGUAAAACGUGAUCAAAGACAUCUUGUCUCUCCAAAACUUUUGGAUCCAGUCUACUUCUUGGCUCUGCUUGAUAUCAAAGCUGUGUGGUUUAAAAAAUGGAUGCAUGCAAAUUAUAGCAGAACAGUGGUGCUAAGGCUCCUUGAAAAGAAAUAUAAAUCUCUGAUUAAUGCAUCUGUUCAGCAGUGUGUUUACUACUUUGAAUCAUGUGAAUCAGCAGUUGAUGCAACUUCUAGAGUUAAUGUUUUGCCCCAGCAGUACAGGAGCAAUAACCAGACGACUUUCUACUCAGGACAAGAAUUACAGUAUAUCUAUUUUGUUCAUUCACUGUGCCUUUUAGGAAGAUUAUUGAUAUAUAAACAAGGCAGAAAUCUGUUUCCUGUACAGCUGGAAAAUAGAAAAGAUUUCAUAUCCCUAACUGACCUGUUGGUACUAUUUAUUCGAUUUAUUUAUUGCUCUCCCACUUGCCCAAAGACAACUCUGACAGUGCACACAGGCAAUUAUUCUCCAGCAAUCCUUGUUACAGAGGUGCUACAAAUUCUGUGUGACCGAACUGAAUGUGCUACUGAAUGUUUAUAUUCUAAUACGGUGAUAGAUGCACUUCUGCAUCCCAUUCAUAAUUUACUGAAUGGAACAGAGAUAUAUAUAAAUUGCCCUGAAACCUCUUUAAUACAUAUAGCUGAUAUUUUGGCAAGGAUUGCUGCUGUAGAAGAUGGCCUUUCUCUUGUCCUUUAUGGAGGAAACAUGAACUCUGCCAAAAAGGAUAGUCUUACAGCAGCCCAUACAAUUGUUCAAUUUACAAAGAAACUCCUUGAUGAAAAUGUUUCUGUUUUGUCUGGAACCGAGAUGUUGCCAGCCCUUAAAGGAGCUUUCAUUUUUGUGUGUCGUCAGAUGUAUGGUACCUGUGAAGGUCUGCAGGUGCUGAUUCCUUAUGAUUUGCAUAAAUCCAUUGCUGACGCUUGGAAGAAGGCUAGUUCACAUUCAGAAAGGAUUCCUACUCCUGUACCUGGGGCAGACUCCAUUUCAUCAGGAAAUCAAGAGUCACAAAACAUUAUGGUAUGGGAAGAGACUUUACUAGAUGAUUUAUUAAACUUUGCUGCUACUCCAAAAGGUCUUCUUCUGCUUCAGAAUACAGGAGCCCUCAAUGAAUGUGUAACCUUUAUGUUCAGCAGAUUCUCAAAAAAAUGCCAGGUGAGUGGAUAUGAAAGGUUUGGUUAUGGAGUGAUGGUUACACAAAUGGCAGCGACAUCUCCAGGUGCAGUAGCUCUGCAGCGUUCAGGGUUUAUAAAAGCACUUAUAACUGAAUUAUGGGCUGUUCUGGAGUGUGGAAGAGAUGAUCUUAGAGUAACUCACCCCAGUUCUACUCCAGUAGAUCCUAUUGACCGAAGCUGUCAGAAGUCUUUUCUAGCGCUGGUAAAUUUGCUAUCCUAUCCUGCUAUUUAUGAACUGAUAGGUGAUCAGGAGAUACCAAAUAAACCAGAAUAUUCUCUCCGUGAAGUUCCUACAAAUGUUAUUGAUGUCAUUGACAGACUUAUAAUUUUGAAUUCAGAAGCUAAAAUUCACUCUUUAUUCAAUUAUGAACAAUCACACAUCUUUGGUCUGAGGUUGUUAAGUGUGCUGUGCUGUGAUCUAGAUACACUUCUGCUUUUAGAGUCUCAAUAUAAAGUAUCACAAGUGCUUCUAAAUGCCCAGAAGGAGAACGUCAUAGAAACUUCUGAAGGACCUGGAAAUUUUAUAAUUGAUGGGAUAUCGGUAGAGACAAACCAUAUUCUUGUUAGGAUAAAUCUUACGGGAGGACCAGCGGAACGGAUUUUGCCUCAAAGAGUACUAAAUAAGGGCACUGAUCCAUAUCCCUGGCCAAUGUUUUCAUCAUACCCCUUGCCCAGGUGCUAUCUUUCAGAAGCUCCUAAGAAAGCUGAUUUUAGACAAGAUAGUGAUCUCAACAAGCUGUUGGCAUCCUUAAACAAUCCAGAAAAACAGCCAGUGUGGAUUGAAAACUGUAGAAGACAGUUUUGCAAAAUCAUGAAAGCCAAACCUGAUGUCAUCAGUGGAACCAUUUUGGCAGAAUUAAUUGAAAAGUUUGUGUUGCAUCUUUCUGAAAACCCAUCAGAAUGUUACUUCAGCACUGAAGAAUAUGAAGCUGAUGAUGCAAAUGUGAAGAAUGAAAGCCUUUCAUCUGUGCAGCAGCUUGGCAUUAAAAUGACAGUCAGGUAUGGUAAAUAUUUAAAUUUGCUGAAAGAUGGUGCUGAAAAUGAUCUGUGCCUGGUGUUAAUGCACUGUGACAAAUUUCUGAAACAACAGCAAACAUCUGUACAGUCCUCACUUCGUUGUCUGCAGGAAGGUUAUGCUGGCUAUGACUGGUUUGCAUCAUCUGUAUUUCUGAUAAUGUCAGGAGAGAGAGAGAAAACAUUAACAUUUCUUCAGCAAUUUUCCAGUCUUCUCAUCUCAGCAUUUCUCUGGCUGCGAAGACUGCAUGUUUCUGUACACCUACCUAUUGACACAGCAGAAUCUGGCAUCCACCCCAUCUAUUUUUGCAGUGCUCACUACAUUGAGAUGUUGCUGAAGGCUGAGUUGCCACUUGUCUUUUCAGCUUUCCACAUGUCUGGUUUCACUCCAUCACAGAUUUGUCAGCAGUGGCUAUCUCAGUGUUUCUGGAAUUACUUGGACUGGAGUGAGAUCUGUCACUACAUUGCUACAUGUAUUUUCCUUGGUCCUGAUUAUCAGAUCUAUAUGAGUAUAUCUGUGUUCAAACAUCUUCAGCAAGAUAUUCUGCAGCACACACAGACCCAAGAUCUACAGGUUUUUCUCAAAGAAGAAGCACUCCAUAGAUUUCGAGUGAGUGAUUAUUUAGAAUACAUGGAAAGCUUGGAGGCAACCUACAGGCCAGUGUUGCUGAGAGACAUGAGGAACAUUAGAAUGCAGAGCACAUAGAUCAAGCAAACAAGCAUUUCAUCUUCAAGCUUUAGUUAAGUUCUGAAAGGGAAUGCCGAUUGUUUUAUAUCAGUCUUCAUAACAAUUCAUGCUGUGGAAAUACACAUAUGUUAAAAUCCAUAAUAAAGUUUUCAGAAUAUAGGUUUUUCAAGGGGACAUCAUCUGAAUUGGAUCAACUGAAAAAUAAUUAAUUUUUCCUGUAUGUAUUGCCUUAUUUUUAUUUGGUAGAUUGCUUGAGAAUCUGCCCUUAGCUAACGUCAGAGUCUUGUUUGUAUUCUCUGGAAGCUGUUCCCAAACUAAUACAUUUUGGUCAUCUCCUACCCACACCAUCUUACCUAAAACUUAAAAAUUCUGCACAGGUCUGGCAAUAAGAAGCAGUACUGAGAAUAAUCACUUGGGUAUCCUGUAUUUAUGUGAAUGGGGAUGAGCAAAAGCAAAGCAGCUUUCCUGGAUGCAGCUGAUCUGACUUUGUGGUUUGAUUGAGGAAGAGUAGUUAAAUCCAAGUGGAACGAAGGACUGAUACUGCCCUCAGCCAUAAUGGUUUUAAAAAUAUUUCUAUACCAUAAAUAUAUAUUUGUAAUCUUAUAUGCUAAUUUUAUAGUCUCAGAAUGUAUAAAUGGGACAGCAGAUUAUUAAAAUAUGCAUUAUUCAGUACAGUCA